GAGAGGAGGGUCUUCUCUUGGCCAAAGUUCCCUUCUCUCCAGAAAGAGCUGCUCCUGCAUUGUCUCCCUGGCAGGGGGAUGUGGUUCUCCUGCCAACUCUACAGGGAAGGGUGUUGUUGUUGUUGUCUUUUGCUCAGGGGAGAGCUGAACCUCUGAGGAGAUGGUUCCUGUGAAAUGCUUCCAGCUCCUCGCUUGCUCCCUGCUGCUCCUAACUUGCUCCAACUUGGCUGAAGAGGAGCUUCUGGCUUGGACGGCGGACCUCUGGAAAAAGGGGAUCUUUAUUAUCCAAAAUGACUACUUCAACAUGUGUGUUAAAGCUGAAACAUCCAAGCUCAUCCUUGAAGAUUGCAGUCAGUUUUCCAAAUACAUGUUGUGGAAAUGGGGUUCUACACAGCACCUUUUCAACAUUGGGAGAAGCACUUGCCUGGGCCUCAACAUCAGUAACCAGGAGCAGCCACUGAUCAUGUCUGAAUGCAAUUCAGCUCACCAUCUGCUAUGGAACUGCCAAGGGAAGGGAUUGGUGGGUGCCUCAAAGUAUAAAUUAGCAGUUGAAAGUGGCAAAUUUAUUGUGGCAAAAAGAAUUUCCAACGAUGGGUGGAAGCAAUUCAUGUCACCUGAUGCAAAUCUUUGUGAAAAUGCAUUUAAAGAAACAUACACCCAGUUGGGAAAUUCCUUUGGUUUGCCCUGUGUCUUUCCAUUUAAAUACAACAACAAAUGGCACUAUGAAUGUAUCAGAGAUGCUAGAGAAAAUGGAUAUCCGUGGUGUGCCACAACAAGUCAGUAUGAACAAGAUGAAAAAUGGGGACUUUGCCCAAGUUCAGAGUCUGGCUGUGACAUUCUUUGGAAGAUAAAUGCAGACACUCACAUUUGUUACCAAUUCAAUCUCCUUUCUGUUCUCUCCUGGAAUGAGGCACAUGUUGCAUGUCAGGGGCAAGGAGCAGAUUUGCUAAGCAUCACAGAUAUGGCAGAACAGAAAUAUAUUUUUGAUCUAAUUGAACACAUGAGUACAAAAGAAGUCCUAUUGUGGACAGGCUUAAACCAGCUUGAUGAAACUGCUGGCUGGCUGUGGUCAGAUGGAGCACCCUUGGCAUUGGUGAACUGGAGAUCAGAUCCCACUGACAGGUCUCUAGGGCAACAUCAUUGUAAAGCAUUAAAUUCAAAAUUGCAAGACUGGCAAAGUUACCCGUGUGAAUCUGGAUUGCCAUACAUAUGCAAAAAACAUUUAAAUGCUACAAAGCAUGAAGGAUUUGAUUCAUGGAAAUUUUAUCCUACUGACUGCAAUUAUAAUUGGUAUCCAUAUAAUCGUUAUUGCUAUAAACUUCAUAAAGAAGAAAAGAACUGGGAUGAAGCUUUACUCUCCUGCCAGGAUUAUAAUAGCACUCUCAUUAGCAUAACCUCUAUAGCUGAUACAGAGAUGUUCAUUAACUUCCUUGAAUAUGAAAACGUAACAGAAACGUGGAUCGGUCUGAAGAGUACCAAGAGCCCAGUUGAAUUUGAAUGGUCUGAUGGAUCUUCAGUCACCUUCACUUACUGGCACAAACAAGAGCCAAACAUUGAUAAGAGAAAAAGCCAAUUUUGUGUUUCAGCUCAGAGUGAAGGACGCUGGAAGGUUAAGAAUUGCAAAGACAAGUACUUUUAUAUUUGUGAAAGACCAGGAACUGCUGGAAAUCUCAUUUCUGAAUUGGAAUCCAGCUGUCCAGAGGGAUGGGAGAGACAUGGUCGAUAUUGUUACAAAGUGGAUAUAACUCCUCGAAGUUUUAGUCAUUCUUCCGGUGGCUAUUACUGCCCCUCACUUGCAACAAUAACAAACAGGUUUGAACAAGGAUUUGUCAACAGCAUGAUUCACAACUUGGUGAAAACAAAUAACACUUAUAUGUGGAUAGCACUGCAAGAUCAGAACAAUACAGGAGAAUACACUUGGCUAACAGGAGAAGGAGAUCUUCCUCUGAAGAGCUAUACAAACUGGAAAAAGUAUGAACCUAGAUAUCCUGGAGGAUGUGUUGUUAUACAGCAGGAGGAACCCAUUGGCUUUUGGGAAGUGAAAAACUGCACAAGUUUCAAGGCCAUGUCAUUGUGUAAGCAAGAGACAAAAUUCUAUGAAGAAAAAGAUCCUUAUGAAGAACCUCAUUUUGCAAAGACCUAUGAUUCUUGUAUGUUUGGAUGGGAGUCUAGCCAUAAUCUGCUCAACUGCUACAAGGUAUUUCACAGUGAAAAGGUACUAAUGAAAAGAUCUUGGGCUGAGGCAGAAGGUUUGUGUCAAGAUUUUGGAGCAAAUCUUGCCAGUUUUACACUUGCCUCUGAAGAGGAUUUCCUGAUCAAACUUUUGAACACAAUGUUUCAUAUUGGUGAAGGAAGACAGUUUUGGAUUGGACUUAACAAAAGGAACCCAUUGUCUGGAGGAUCCUGGGGCUGGUCAGAUGGAACUCCUGUUGCAUCUGCCUUUUUAGAGAAGCUUUAUAUUGAAGAUAAUAUGAGGAACUGUGCUGCAUAUCAAAUUAAUGGAACAGUCUUACCAUUGCAUUGCAGUUCAGAGCGUGAAUGGAUAUGCAAAAUACGAAAAGGAAUGAAAACGAAGAUUCCACAAUGGUAUAUUAAUGAGCCAUCGUGGUUUUACUUUCAAGGAGCAGAAUACCUUUUUUAUGACAGUGCCUCAGAGUGGGCCACUUUUCAGUUUGUUUGUGGCUGGCUCCAUGGUGAUAUAGCAACAAUACAUUCCUCUGAAGAACAGAAAUUUAUUCAAAACAGAAUAAAAAAGGUUUCAAAAAUGAAUAAAAAUUGGUGGAUUGCAUUGCAUUCAAAAAUACCAAGCAGAGGGUUUCGGUGGACAGAUGGCUCACCACUAUUAUACCAGAACUGGGGACAAAGUGGAAAGAGUCUUGUGUAUGCUGGGGGAGAAAAAUGUGGUUAUAUUUCUUCCCAAACAGGACUUUGGAGUUUUGCAAAUUGUACUAUAUCGCUGCCUUGUAUUUGCAAACGUAAAAAGAUUUUGACUGUUGAGAGAGAAGUGCCAAAACAACAGACUCCUCAGGGAACAUGUCCAAAAGGGUGGCUCUAUUUUGGAUUUAAGAUUCCAAAGGAUCCAAGUCAUCUGAAAAGUUGGUAUUCUGCCCAAACAUUCUGUAAUCACUAUGAGGCCUCACUUGCUUCAAUUGAAAGUGAAGUUGAACAAGCUUUCAUCACAAUGAACCUGUUUGGGCAUAAAUCUAACGUCUGGAUUGGUCUUCAGAGCAGUGAUUAUGCAAAAUGGGUUAAUGGACAGGAAGUGGAAUAUUCCAACUGGUCUCCAGUAGGAGUAAUGCAGAAUCACUAUGAUAACAGCUCUGAUAUUCAGGAAGAAGCUCCACUAUGUACUUUGAUAUUAAAUAAUCCUAGUUUCAAUUCAAUGGGUAAAUGGGACCUAGAAAAUUGCAAAAAAACCAAUGGGUUUGUCUGCCAGAAAGCUCAAGAUACAUCUAGAUAUACAUUAGACCCUUCAGUCAUGUACCCAAUACCAAAUACUUUGGAAUAUGCAAACAGAACAUAUAUUUUAAUCAAUGGCAAUAUGACUUGGUAUAUGGCUUUAAAAACAUGCAAAGAAAAUGGUGCUGAUUUGGUCAGCAUUGCAGACCACUAUCACCAGGCCUUCCUCACCAUAAUUAUAAAUCGACUGGGCUACAGUCACUGGAUUGGAUUGUUCAUUUCUGAUAAUGGACUUAGCACUGAAUGGUCAGAUGGUACCAAGCCUUAUUUUACCUUCUGGGCAGAUGUGGAACCCCAGACUCCAGGAAGCUGCAUUUACAUAGAUGUUAAUGGACGCUGGAGAAGUACUGGUUGUGAGAGACUCUUGAAUGGAGCAGUUUGUCACAUUUCAGCCAAGAGGAACUUAACAGCAAAUAAGGGUUGGUGUGAUGAAAAGACUGUCCCUUGGAUAAAAUUUGAAAAUAGUUGCUACAGCUUUUCCACAGUUUUUGAGAAUUUGAACUUUGAUGAAGCAUUUGAAUUUUGCAAAAAGCAAGGUUCUCAUCUUCUAACUAUUAAAGAUGAAGAUGAAAAUACCUUUGUUCUGGAAGAACUGUAUCUUUUGAGAUCUUUGGUUCAAAUGAUUUGGCUGAAUAUCCAGUUUCUCACUGAUAACAGUACAAUAGUCUGGUUGGAUGGUUCUCCAGUUCAUUAUUCAAACUGGGGCAUGAAUGAACCUCUGCUGGGCCAGACAAAAGGAAAUUCAUGCACUGCCCUGAGAGCCACAGAUGGAGUCUGGCAAGUAUCAUCCUGCCAAGAAAGAAAAGGAUUUGUAUGUAAAACCCACACAGAUUUUCAUGAGAUUACAAUACAAUCUGUGAAAGUCUCAUCUCGUAGAAUUGUAAUCCUGAUAGUAUUAUCGGUUUUGGUGAUUCUUGCCGCCAUUGCUGUAUCUGCACAUCUGUGUAGCUUGCACAAUUCCAGCCAUCACUUUGGAAGAGUAUGGCAGUUCAAAAAUGACCGUCCUGCAGAGAGAAACUUUCAACCUGCUGCCGUUGAAGAAAAUGUCCUCAUUUUUGAUCUGAAGAGGAAUGAUGACCUUCAGUGAUACAUUUAUGAGAAUCAAGAGAAAAAUUUCAAUACAUGUUAUGCUGUGUCUUUUUUAAAAAAACAAAAUAAAGGCUCUUCAGCCUCUUCAGAUAAACAUCAU